CACGUGAAAGGUCACUCCACGCCCCAACCACUCGCUAACUUUCGGGAUCUUUUUCUUCCAUCUCGCCCAACCUCCGCAGCUUAGGUUCCUCUAGCUAGAGUCUCCCUCACGUGAUUUUUGUCAUGUUGGCCUAUGCAAAGCAUAAAGCGUGACAGGAAAUAUCUUCCUUAUCACAUUUCCCGACGUCAUUCCAAGAUCCCAGCCUUUCUAGCAUCCUAAGUAUUUCUAGUUUCCCCCAUUGUCCUUAGGCUUCUGUUCAUUCAUCCUCGUGACACUCCUAGGAGCGGCGCUCUCCAUCUCGCUCAAGGAUUUCCUGUCUUCGGUCGCUCCCGUUUUCCCCGGCGAAAGCAACGCACGCGAUUGCGCGUGUUCGUGUUGUGCGCCGAUCCGUUCAUCGCCACCCGCUGCGGCAUGGCGCACGAGGCGCUAAUGGGAUACGCAGGAGGCUGCGGCCAUGGCGACGAGUCCAUGUCGAUUGCUGCGAUCGAACGGUCCAUAGAGCAGGAAGUGCAGCAGAUCAUGGCGCAUAAGAAGGUCAUGGCGGACACGACGACCGGCUCUGGAGUUUCCAGCUCGCUGGAUCCGCCACAAUGGCUCCCCGCGCAUGUCGCCUCUGCUAAUGUACCGCGCGCGCAUGCAGCCUUGGCGAAUGUGAUUGCGCCCGCGCAUGUCGCGCAAGGUCCUCCACCGCCGCAGACGUCAAGCGCGCCUUUCAUGGCAGUGUGCCACGGUGGAGGCGCGAUGCCUCCCUUCUAUCCAACGCAGCCGUGCGACGUCGCAUAUCACGCCGUGCGAUUCGACAAUUCCAAUGCAGUCGUCUGGCUCCCCAGUGCCGCGCAGCUCCACAUGCACCGGGCGUCCUCCACACUUCCCCCUACGCCCCCCCUUGCGCCGAACUUCCUCACUCCGCCGCCCCAGUCUGAGAGUCCGCCCAGCCGUCGACCCCUCCGCCAUCCGCCGCCUGUUCCGCAACGUCUCCCGCCGCUGUCAGCGGGGCCCUCAACGGAUUCCGCGGCAUCCUCCGUUGGCGUCGUCCGCUACGCGCCGCAAUUCGUCGCCAUGCCAGCGCUUCCGGGCUCCUGGUUGCCCGACUCGCAGCUUGACCCGCGGUGCGAUUACGAAAUCGGCGUGAGUCGCGAAGACGGAACCACGGGUCGACCGGGCGUCGUGAUGCCUCGCGCCGCGACAGCCCCUUCCGCCACUAGCGAGGUGACACGUGGAAACGGGCCAUGCGUGGAGGAGGGAAACCCCUGCAGCUCUCAGCCAGCCGCGGAUGACGCGCAGCUUGUAUUGGAUGGCUGCGGCAUGGCGGAGGGGACGACAGACGUGGCGGCACAUGGGGGGCUGGCAGGGGCAGGAGACGGCGACGACAUCAGCGCGUGGCUGAGCCGCCUGGUGGGCGGAACGGCUGGGUGUGCUGGGGCUGCUGGGUGUGGGGUGCCAGGUGCACCAAAGGCGGAAAUGGCGUAUCAGCCACGGAAUGAGGCGACACACGGCCAUGUGCUGCUGACGUCAGCUGGAGUCAGCAGUGGCACAGAAACAAGUGCUGCAUGCGGCAAUUCGCAUGGCGACAGCAUGUUUGGCAACACCACACACUGUGGCCGUGCAUCAUUCAGGAGCAUCGUGUCAUGUAACAGUCACAGCGCCAUGCCCCCCUCACCUGCUCCUGUCCCUGCAGUCAUGGCACCUCACCCGCCUCUGGCUGAUCACCACCCUGCUCCUGCUCCUGCGGGUGCCUAUGCGUGCGGUGUGCGAGGGAGUCCAGGCAGCUGGAUGGCCUGCGCCACGGUGCGCGAGUGCGGCGAGGGGGCGCAGACGCAGAGGUGGGAGUGGGGUCGCGGGGGAGCGGGAGGGGAGGAGAGUGAUGAGGGUGUAGGGGUGGAGGAGGAGUGCAUUGGAGGGAUGACAGUGGAGCAGAUUCUGCAGGAGAGGCGGAAGAGAAGGAUGGUCUCUAACCGCUUGUCGGCUAAGCGAAGCCGGCAGCGGCGGCAACAACUGCUGUCGCAUCUUGAGUCCGAUGCCUCUAAGCUCAAGGUCGAGCGGGAGCAGUUGAGAUCCAAGGUUAUACAUGCUACAAACAGACUCACGCAGCUGCAAGAGCAGCAAAGGAAGUUGGAGCAGGAAAGAGAUGUGAUCAAGGCAGAAAUAGAGACAGCUAAAACGAAGAUGAAUAGUCAAACGGAACCUUGCAUGGAAUAAAAGCAUAUGUUGUAAUCAUGAAUAUGGUUG